CUCGAAUAUUGUCAAACAGUUACGUUAAUUAAUUUACACACGACGACAGUACAAUAUUGUGUAAUGUUUUGAAGGAAACAAUUAGAUUUGUUAAAAAUGGGAAAGAAAACUAAAGGGCAAAAUUUAGGAAAAUCCUUAAUCAGGGAUCGUUUCUCCUCUACGACCGCGAGAAAAUAUCGUGGUGAUGUAUCGAAGCUACAUUCGGAAAAUGUUAACGAUGGAUACGAUUGGGCCUGUCUCAAUCUUCAAUCUGUCACGGAGGAAAGUUCCUUCGAAGAAUUUCUUUCUACCGCUGAUCUUGCCGGAACGGAAUUCAAUGCGGAAAAGUUAAAUAUCAAAUUUGUUAAUUUACAUGGUUUACCAGGUUUAUUGACCAAAGAUGAGAAGAAAAAGGUUUUGGAAGCACACGAAAAGAAUAAAGGAUAUCUUAAAAUACCGAGAAGACCCAAAUGGGAUAGUUCUACUACAGGAGAAGAUUUACAAGCUACGGAGAAAGAAGAAUUUUUAGAAUGGAGACGUGGAUUAGCUAUUUUACAAGAGUCUGAAGGUCUUAUACUUACGCCUUAUGAAAAAAAUUUAGAAUUUUGGCGACAAUUAUGGAGAGUAGUAGAACGUAGCGAUAUUAUUGUUCAAAUUGUCGAUGGAAGAAAUCCUUUAUUAUUCCGUUGUGAAGAUUUGGAAAAUUAUGUUAAAGAAAUUGAUUCGAAAAAAAUGAAUUUAAUACUUAUCAACAAGGCAGACUUUUUAAACGAUCGUCAAAGACAAUUAUGGGCGGAAUAUUUUACAAGUAUUAAUGUACGAAUAGUUUUUUUUUCUGCUAAAUUAGCUGCAGAAGAGGAGAAAAUUGAGGAAGAAUCGGAUGAGAAUGUUGAAGAUGAGAAAACUGAGGAAGAAUCGGAUGAGAAUGUUGAAGAUUCUGUUGAUGACCAGAAAAAUGAUUAUAGUGAUCAGGAUUGUAUAAGUAAUGAUGAAAAUAAUGAAAGUAAGGAAGAGUCAUUAGAUAAUCAGUCAAUGGAGAAUACAGAAAUACAAUGUAGAGAUAAUAAAAUGUCUGAACUUGGGGAAAAUAUAUCAUCAAUUAAUAAUUCAUCAGAAUUAUUAACCAGGGAUAAAUUGAUUUUAUUAUUUAGGUCAAUAUAUAAAGAAAAGACAUAUAUGGAAGGGGUUACAACGAUUGGUAUGGUAGGAUAUCCUAAUGUUGGUAAAAGUUCUACGAUUAAUGCAUUGUUACAAUACAAAAAAGUCUCAGUAUCAGCUACGCCAGGGAAAACGAAGCAUUUUCAAACUCUCUUUUUAGAUAAAGAUUUACUUUUAUGCGAUUGUCCUGGUUUAGUGAUGCCAUCGUUCGUUUGUACUAAAGCUGAUAUGAUUUUAAAUGGGAUAUUACCGAUAGAUCAAAUGAGAGAUCAUGUUCCACCAGUUACGUUACUUGGUACAUUAAUACCUAAAUAUGUAAUCGAAGAUAUGUAUGGUAUUAUGUUACCUGUACCAGCGGAAGGAGAAGAUCCAGAUCGAUCACCAACUGCGGAAGAAAUUUUAAAUGCAUAUGGAUAUAAUAGAGGUUUUAUGACACAAAAUGGACAACCAGAUAAUCCACGAACUGCUCGUUACGUUUUAAAAGAUUUUGUAAAUGGCAAAUUGUUAUAUUGUGUUGCCCCACCAACACAAAAUCAAAAUGAAUUUCAUCAAUUUCCAGAACCGCGAAGAAUUAAAAAAGAAAAUACACAUAUACCUCCUAGAAUGGUUCGUGCAAUAGGGGGAAGGAGAGUUAUGUCUGAAGAAUUAGAUAAAAAAUUUUUAAAACAAGUAUGUAGUGGCGUUCAUGCCAGAGGUGUUCUUGGAAAAUCAUCUGGUGUACCAAAUGUACACAAUCAUAAUGGUGUGGAGUCUAUAGCUGGUUCAAUGCAAAGCCUUUGUAUCGAGGAAAAGCCAUGGAAAAAAAUUAAUAAACAUUGCAAUAAAAAGAAACGGGAAAAGGCUAGAAGAUUAUACGGUCAUCUUGAUCAACAUUGAUUUGAAAAACUAUGAUUUUUCACAAAUUAUGAUUAUUCCUAAAUAUAA